AUGGACAUUAAGUACGUAAAUUUGAGGUUUCACAUCGGUGGUAUACUUGUGAGUGAGGUAGGACCUGUUUAUAUUGGGGGGGAAAAAGAAUAUGCCUUCAAUGUUGAUAUAGACCAUUUGUCUAUUCCGGAAGUGAAUGACUAUUGCAGGGAUUUUGGGGUUACCAAUAUAGAAAAAAUAUAUAUUGGAGCUACUCAAGUUGGCAAUUUGGUAGAAUUGGUUAAAGAUAGAGAUUUAUUGGUCUUAGCCAAUUUGUUGGUUGUUGGGGGUACUAUGGACAUUUAUAUCUGCCAUAAAGGGGAAGUUUUUAUCAAAACAACACAUGUGACCAAUGAGUCUUUUGAGACCACAUGCAAUGAAGUGGAUAGACCUAAUAAAGAAUCUACCAACAAAGCUGGUGAAGGUCUCAAUGCACAUUUAGGUAAAGAAAUAACACUUAUUGAUGGUAGAAAUCAAAUUGUCGGGGUCCAACAAUCAAAUCUAAUAGAAAAUGGCAGCAGAAACACAAAUGAAGCUGAAGAUGAAUUGAAGUUUUCUAGUGAAGAUGAAGAUUUGGAGGAAGAUGAAGUAGAAACUAUUGUGCAGAGUGAUGUUGAAAGUGAUGAGAAUGUUGACUUUUCUAGUGACGAGGAUGGUUAUGGGAAUCCUGGUUUUGAAGACAUUGAUAAACCCAAGAAAAAUUUAACUGGUAAGCUAGUAGGUGAUGAGCCUUUUUAUGACAGUUCUGAUGUCGAUAGUUUUGAAAGUGAAAGUGAGGGGGAAAUAGAUAUUGAAAGAUCUGAUAUUUUAAGGGCAAGAAAGAAGAACAAGAGGGUCUCAUAUGAUCCAACAUGGAAAAAAGUUGUGUGGCAACUUAAUAUGGUAUUUGAAAAUGUAAAAAAAUUUAGAGAAGCUUUGAGCAAGUAUGCAAUUGAGAGAGGUUGUCAACUGGAUAAGAUCCACAAUGAUCAAAGAAGGGUCAGAGUAAAAUGCAAAGCUAAUGGCUGUCCUUGGAUACUUUAUGCAAGCAAAGAUUUUAAAUCUUCCGAUUUCAUUAUAAAAACCUACAAUCCUAGACAUAAGUGUUAUAGGACCAAUACUAACACAAUGUGCAACUCUAAGUUUUUGGCUAAGUACUAUAAAAGUAGAAUUGUUUCUCAACCUUGCAUAAAGGGAUGGGAAAUACAAGAUUUGGUCAGGACAGACAUGGGAUUGUAUGUUGGUAAGUUCGUGUGUUUGAAGGCCAGAAAAAUGGUGUUGAAAAAGAUAAUGGGUGAUCAUGUUGCUAAGUUUACUAGAAUCUAUAACUAUAGAGAUAUGCUUCUUGAAUCAAAUCCAGGAAGCACUUGUGUGGUGAAAGUGACAAAUUGUGAUGAUAGAAAAAAACUCUUUCAUUCCUUUUAUAUUUGUUUUUCAGCUUUGAAAAAAGGAUUCAUUGAGGGUUGUAGAAAGUGCAUUGGGUUAGAUGGUUGUUUUUUGAAGGGAAUAUCUAAAGGCCAGCUACUUGUUGCUAUUGCAAAGGAUGGGAAUAAUCAGAUGUUCCCAAUAGCAUGGGCUGUUGUUGGAACUAAAAGUAGAGAAACUUGGACUUGGUUUUUGAGAAUCUUGAAAUCUGAUUUGGACAUUAAUGAUGAAGGAGAAGGAUUGACUAUCAUAAGUGAUAUGCAAAAGGGAUUAUAUUUAGCUGUUCAGGAGUUGUGA